AUGGGAAAAAAGAAUUACCUGCCACUCUUGUUACUGUGCGCGCUGGGUCGGCUUGUCCGUGGCCAGCUAGUCAUUCCCAGCGGCUUACCCAGCACAUCAUCCAACUUUCGAUUGCGGUCGCACUCGACCGCAGGAAACACGACUCUGGGGGGGCAGAUUGAGAAUUGCAUACUGGCGACCUCCGGCCAAAGCGACUGCAACCAGGUCGCCACUCUCGCUAGCGACGACACUGCCAGCCAGACGUUUUUCGUCAAUGUCGAGUCUGGAGUAAUUCUGUCUGCGCACGAAGGAAAGCAGAGAAUCCUGACGCUUGAGGAAGCCGAAAACGAGAACAAAGUCCUGAAACUCGAGUGCGGAGAAGAAGCGAUUUCGCAGCUGGGCAUCAGCUUCCAUAACUCGACGCCCAUAUUGGCUCUGAAGCGCGACGUCGAUUCGCAAUUCUAUGCCUGCAGAGACGAGACCGGAACUAUUGGUGUUUUUUACAGGGAAACACAUAAUGAGCCGCUUCGCUCGGGGUGCGCAGAUAUCGAGCUGGUGCUUGAGUGCACACUUGGGCCAGGCCACGGAGCGACGGAGCUUGCUGCUUGCUGUGCGAGGGUAAACAAUGGCCACUGCUUGCCAAAGUAA